CGAGAGACGAGGGUUCGAGUUACAAUCCGUAGCCAUCCACAAGAAGAAGAAGAAGGAAAAAGAAAAAAAAGGCCAAAAAUGGGAGACGUCAGCUCGAAUGGAAAUGGACAAUCAACCGCGUCAGGAUUCGCAGAUGUCCCAAAGGAUCGAAUCCUCCUCAACGCGUUCGACAUGAGCACGGUAGGGCACCUGUCUCCCGGACAAUGGAAGAACCCCAAGGACAGAUCAGCCACCAAGCGAGACUUGCAGUACUGGAUCGACCUCGCGAAACUGCUCGAGCGAGGAGGGAUCAACGCCCUGUUCCUCGCGGACACGUACGGCGGGUACGACACGUACGAGGACUCUCUGGACAAUUGCAUCCGGCGCGCGGCGCAGUGGCCCAUGACGGACCCGACGAUACCCAUCUCCGCCAUGGCCGCCGUGACCAAGAACCUCGCGUUCGGGAUCACGGCGUCGACGUCCUUUGAGCCCCCGUUCCUGCUGGCGAAGCGCUUCUCGACGCUCGACCACCUCACCAAGGGCAGGAUAGGAUGGAACAUUGUCACGUCGUGGAAAAAGGCCGCGUUCAAGGCCAUAGGAAUCGACACCCCCAUCGACCAUGACGAGAGGUAUUUGCAGGCGGACGAGUAUCUCAGGGUUCUGUACAAGCUCUGGGAAGGUUCAUGGGCAGAUGACGCACUGAACCCGGACCCCGAAAACGACACGUACGUCGACCCGGACAAGGUGCGGACCAUUCACCAUCACGGCAAAUACUUGAACCUCGACACACGACACAUCGUCGACCCGUCUCCUCAGCGCACACCGUUCUUGUUCCAGGCCGGCACGUCGCCCGCCGGAAGCGAGUUUGCCGCCACGCACGCAGAGGCCAUCUUUGUGUCGUCGCACUCCCCCAAGGUACUGCGCCCAAAGAUCGACAAGAUCAGACGGCUGGCCGCGGAAAAGGGUCGCGAUCCCCGCUCGAUCAAGUUCUUUGGCACCUUCACGCCCAUCGUGGGCAGGACGGACGAGGAAGCGCGCGAGAAGCACGACGAGUUGAAGAGGUACGCUUCGAUCAUAGGCGGCCUGGUCCUCUUCAGUGGAUGGACGGGGAUCGACAUUUCCAAAAUCCCGAUCGACCAAGACAUCACGGCGGCCGAUUCGACCGAGGCGCACAAGGUCACGAGCAUGCUCGACGCCUUCACCACGACGAGUCCCGACGUGCCCAGGUGGACGCCGCGGGUCGUCGCCGAGAAGGCCGCGAUCGGGGGCCUCGGACCCGUGGGCAUCGGCAACCCCUCCAGGGUCGCGGAUGAGAUGGAGCGGUGGAUCCGCGAGGCCGAUCUGGACGGGUUCAACCUCGCGUACGUGACCACGCCUGGAACCUUUGAGGACGUUGUGGACCUGUUGAUUCCCGAGUUGAGGAAGAGAGGCCUCUACCCGGAAGCACCCGAGGAUGGACUCACCGCGAGGGAGAAGAUUUAUGGAAAGGGUCAAAAGGGAGUGAGAGGUGAUCAUGCUGCCGCGGCGUACAAGUACGACGCGUAUAAAGAGGAUGAGCCGUACAAGAAGCCUCAGAAUGGGCUUGACGGUGCUGCGGACGAGAUCAAGACCGGGUGAGGUGGGAAAUAUCUAGCUGUCUGGUUGGGAGACAUUCGACUGGUAACACCCGGGUGGGAACAUAUA